AUUAUACGAAUCGCGAAUUACGAAUCGCGCAUAGAUGGCGUUAGUACUGCUAGCAGUGCAAAACCUACAAAAUUCCUCUUUCUGCUAAAUGCGCAGCCAACGAUGUAGAUCAUGUUUACAUUUAUUACUUCCUUGAACAUAGGCAUACCUUUGUUUUGAUUGAAACUUGUUUCGAAGGACGAUUGGGUGUGACGUAGUAUUUGGACCUGUGACGUACCAAAUUUCUCGCUGUAAUCCUUUCAACAUGUUAAAGCAUAAACUGCCAAAGGAUUGGAUCAUCGUGAGCUCUAAAAGUCAUCCGGACAGAGUGUAUUAUUUCAAUGUGAAAACAAAUCAAUCUUCGUGGAGCGUACCAACAUUGAAUGAGGCUGAUAAAAAUUUUAUAGAAACCUCUUCACCUAAGAAACACAAAAUUGACGAAAAAGGAAAACGUGAAGCAAUGACAUCUAAACAUAAUGUUGAGAAAGAGGAUACAUCUUAUCAACGACGUUUGGAUAAUAAAACCAUAGAGACUCCACAAAUGAAAACUGUCAGAGAGAAGGUUCUGCAGAGAUCAAGUCCUAGGAAUAAAUCUUCCUCGAUAUCAGAUACCUUGGAUACAAGUAGUCUUAGUGUGAUAGAUAAGAGAAAGAUCUCUUCUCCAAAAGAUUCUGCUUCAAGAUUAAGAAAUGAUAAAUCAGUCACAGCUUGGGAUAAAAAUGAUAAUAAAGUAACAUUUACACCACAAAUGCGUGUCCUCUAUGACAAAAUUGAACAAAGAAAUUUAAAAAAAUCUAAUCAAAAUAAAAUACUAAAAGAGGAUCUUAAGAAGCAGCAAAAUCUGAAUGCAACAGAUCAGAAAUUAAAAAUACAGGAAAAAAAAAUGGAACACCGAGAAAGUAUUGUUCAGAAUAAACAACACAAUAAAAAUCAAAAUGUUUUAAAGUGGAAAAAAGAAAAAGUGGUCUUUAAGAAAAAUUUAGCAAAAGAACGUAUGGAGAAAAUAAGAAAAAAUUUAAAUUGCAAUGAGGAAAAAAUUAAAGAAAUCUGUCAAACCGAUUUAGUUAGUAAAAAAAGCCCACAGAAGACAAAUGGAAGAUUACCUAAUUUAUCUAAUACCUUAGGAUCAACACGUGUUUAUAGAAAUGUUGAUGUACGACUUAAAAAAUUACAUAACAGAAUUUUAAAAAAUGCAGUAUAUGAAAAAAAUGCUACAUUAAACAAUGACAAAAGUCAACAAAAUCAACAAAGUAAUGAAUCAGUUGUUGAAAAUAUGACAAAUGAGAAAUUAAUAGAACAGGCCAAACAAGAAGUUUUGUAUGAGGAAAUGGAUUGGGAACCAAUGAAAGAUGAAGAAAUUGCACUAGAGGUAGAAGUUGUAAGAACACAAAUUGGUAGAGAAAAUCCUGUGGGUGAUACAAACUGUAUCCCAGAAAAUACUGCAGAGUUGACACAUCCUAACGAAAUCGAAUUGCAAGAAAAAUGUCCACUUUACAUUGUUGUUGAUACAAAUGUAUUUCUAUCAAAUCUCGAAAUUGUUGGAGAAGCAAGAGAUGUAACAUUUAAGAACUAUCCACGUCCGUUUAUCGUAAUCCCUUGGACAGUAAUACGUGAAUUAGAUUAUAUUAAGGACAACAAAUCGAAAUAUGAAUUAUCAAUCAAAGCUAGGAAAGCGAUUUCUUUCAUCCAUAAUCAAUUUUCUUCUAAACACCCACGUGUAAUAGGACAAACACGAGAACAGGCAGAGAAAAAUAAAGAACAGUUUUCUCUUGAUUGCCCAGAUGAUGAGAUACUUCAGUGUUGUUUACAGAUCCAUCAGUUAAAAAAAUCAGUAGUUUUGUUAUCUUUUGAUAAAAAUCUUUGCACUAAAGCGAUGAUAUAUAAUAUACGAGCAUUGGGACGUAACGAUCCUCUUGAAAAAAUAGAUAAUGUAGAUUGGGAUAAUACAGUAGACAAUUAUUUGAAUAAAGAUCGUCCUGUAGAACAUUCUAUUUUUAACGAAGAAUUACGUUUAUCAGAUGAUAUUUUUGAGGAUACAAAGUCGAUUAUGAAAAACUUUUUGUCAACAAUCAUCAUGAAACAAAUGUCAGAGAUUUAUGGAGAAGUAGAGUGGGAGGUAUAUGUCAAGAUAAAACCACCUUGGACUAUUGUAACUGCAUUAAAGUGUGCUAUAAAACAUUGGAUUGCUGCUAUUAACGAAUCGUUCCAAAGAUGUGCUGAACAUAUUCUGAAAGAAUUGCUUAAUGCUUUUUUAUCAGUUGGUGGCAGAAAAUUCCAAGAUGUGGAAUAUAUUUUAGAAAAAUGCAGUGACUUGGUGCAAUUAGUCAAUAUGGAUAAACAUUGUGAUCUCAUGACACAUACCUUCAAUACUAUUACAGAAUUAAAAAAAAAGUGUACAAAAUAUACCACUGAUAUGGAACAUAAAAAAUUACAUGAGAAAAUAGGCAUGGCUGAAAAUGUCCAAGAACAAGAAAUGAGAGCAGAAAAAGUAUUCGAGUGCUUCCAACACAUCUUUAAUUACGCGCGUAAUUUUUGUGCUUUGGCAUGCAGUAAUGCAGGAAUAGCAUGUCCCUAUACCUUCGAAUCUAAUUUAUCUCUAUCACCAGCAUAUAUACAACUUAUGCAAUCAGAAAUUACCAGAAAAAUGACUGAUUUGACACAGAAUCUAAAUAAGUUACUGGUGCAGGCUGAAAAUUCUUUAAAAUAUCAGGCAUUGCUUACUUUACAACAAAAUUUAAAUACAUUUAUGCCUGAUACAGAGAGAGUAACAUUUGAUGUGACACCUUUGGAUGUAUAUUAUUGUGUCAAAUUAAAAGAAGAACUAUUAAAGGCUGGCUUAAAACAGCUACAAGAUUUAACAUCAUAUUUCUGCGGACUGGCUACUCGUAUAUAAUUCUAUGACAUAAAAAUAUAUAGAAUUUAUGUAUUUUGUAAUUUAUAUUUUUGAUAUUCGACAUGAAUAUGCUUACAGAAAUGUACAUAAAUUUCUUGUGUUAAAUAAUGUUUAUUUAUAACGAAAAAUAUAAAAA